AUGCUUCCAUUAACAAGCAAAGACAGCUUCAAAAGUGAUGAUUUUAAACCAGGACUAAAGCUUAGAUCACGGAUACUUGAAUGGCUAAGGUAAAGUUCCUAAAUGACCUCUAUUUUGAAAGGUAUUCAAGAACGUUUUUGACCAUGUGUUCAGUGAUGUCACAACAUUUUCUCAUCUGUCUCUUCACAGAGAGAUAUUUGCCAAUGAAGGUUCAAGGAAUUUAUUCUUUUUCCUUCUCCUCAAUUUGUCUUUUGCGUUUGUGGAAUUGGCGUAUGGAAUAUGGACCAACAGGUUACACGAUUUCUUAAGAUUACUCUCGUUGUACGGUUCAGUUCCGAAAAACAUGACGAGUAAAUAACUUCAAUAUCACAUGCUUUCUUUCAGCCUUGGCCUGAUAUCAGAUUCAUUUCAUAUGUUCUUUGAUUGUACGGCGCUAUUAGCAGGCCUAAUAGCGUCAGUCAUCGCAAGAUGGGGUAAAAAUGAACGAUUUUCUUAUGGGUGAGUCUAUCAUUGUUAUUAUUUUUGUGUGUUAACACAGGCACAUUAUGCUUAUUCAGAUGUGUUAGUAUCAAAUGACCUUUGUGUUAGACACUGGCACAAAUUCUGGGGGGAUUUUCUGAUUCCUAUUUUGAUGCCUAGUAUUUGUCAGUAAAAACCCAGACAAAGAGAAAUUUGCUUUUUCCCUUAAUUAUUAUUACAUGGCAAGCCCCAGGCUACUUAUUGUUCCAAUAUGACUACCCAGAUUUUUCUGACAAAAAAAAUAAUUAAAAAAAUACAUGAAACAUAAACCUAACUAAAAUGGAACAUAAAGUUGAUCCCUGCCUUUCUUAGAUCCUCUUCCAAAGUAGACUAUUCAUAAGACAGACAUCUCUCUAAGAGACCCUGCCAAGGGUGGAGUCCCAUGUCGCCCGUCUGAAUUUUAAAACAUCUUGUGUUGGUGUUUACAAAUGCUUGUCGCUUAUUGUUGGCUUUGCCGUCACUGUCCCAAUUUGGCCGAGGGAGGUUGUCUCUUGACACGAUUUCAUUUUACGCGCUGUCGCUACUUCCCAAUUUGGCCGAGGGAGGUUGUCUCUUGACACGAUUUCAUUUUACGCGCUGUCGCUACUUUUUGGGCCAUGUCGCUUGUCAGAAUUUACCCUGGCAGGGCCUCCUCUAAGAUAGCCACCUAGAGUUGGUCCCAGUGCGUGCCUUUCUUUACACCUUUUAGUUGACUCUCUAGAAGAUGGCCACCGUACUAAAAUGGACACCUAGAGUUUGUCCCUGCCAUUCUUUACCCCUUUUAAUUGACUCUUGAUAAGACAGGCAUGUCUCUAUGAUGUGCGCUUCACCACUUCACAUUGGCCAUAAUACACUUUGUUUACAACCCCCACUGAAAAAAAUUUUGCACUAGCAUUGUUUUCGCUUUCUCUUGAGACGACUGUAACAAGUAUGAGAAAUUGAAAACAGUUCUUAUGCAAAUUAUUUUUUGAGGGGUGGGGGGAGGGUUAAACAAGGUAUACUUUUCUAUGGGUAAUGUGCAAGGGGCAAAUNAAAAUCCCCCCGGUUUAAUUGGUGUAUUUUUUUUUUGUUCAAAAAAGUGGGAUAAAAAGAAAUUUUUUUUUUUUUUUUUUGCGGUUUUUUUUAAAACAAAAAAGGGGGGGGGGGGGGGGGGUCCCCGGAACGCCCCCCCCCCCCCCCCCCCGAACCCCCUCCUUCUUGAAAUAUCCGAGAAACUGUUUUCUUGUGACAAGUAAAUUUAUGUAAAUUAUGUAUUGUACUUGCAUUUUGAUUGACAGGUCAUGGACACUCGCACGGCCAUGGUCAUGGUCACAGCCAUGGACAUGGACAUGGACACUCGCACAGUCAUUCACAUGGACACUCGCACAUGAAUGGUGGACACAAUCACAUGCACGACUCAGGUGUGUCUUACAAAGGAAUAUAACAUACGUGUACUAUUGUAUACAUCCACUCUUCUGAAAUUAUCUGGAAGUCAUCUGGUUACUGCACAAACCUCCCAGUCUCUAAUACACAUCACCAAAUCUCCUGGAUAAAAUUUAAUUUUGAUCUUUUUCUAAGCUUUAGUUUGGAAUUAGGCCCAUGUUCCCCCAAAAUUCCAAGUAUACAAUGGACUAUAGUUUAUGUGGCAUUUUUGAAAUGAUUUUUAUUUAUUUAUUUAUUUUUACAUAGGCCAAUAUAAUGGAGCUUAUAUUAAACUAAUCUUUUAUGUACUUUAUAGAGUGUAAGGAUGAAAAAGUAGAAGUUUCCACAAGUAAAAUUAUGGAAGGUGAGUCAAUAUGGUAUGAUACAGUUGUAUGGCACUAUUUUGGUUCAAAAAUAAUAAUUCAUUUAUGAAGAAAACCAUUUUGUGAACUUUAGAUGAAUUAUGUCAAAGUGAGUGUGAUCCUUCCAGAAAUUAGUUAUUUUAUUGCUAAUUGAAGUAGGUGGUCAACAAUGAACUCUGAGUCUCAAAGCUCAUGGGAAACCUAUUAGGUUUUUCUCAGGGGUCCUAUGACAGUACUUUGUUUGAAAACAGGAUGCAUGACUUGGGGUACAGUUGGUGAAAUGUCUCCUGCAGUAACAUCAAUCUGAUCUGCAUGAACUGUAAUAGGUUAAGGCUGUGUUAUCACCAGUCAGACAAAACUUACAACCAAUUUUUUUCAAGCCAUUCCAAUCAUUCAAUGUUACAAUGCAGUUGUUCGAGUUUUUUCCAAAGUAAUCACCCAUUCAUAACAACCAGUUGAAAUGGUACAGCUGUAAGGUUUGCUACCCUUUCAUCAGCCAUUCACUAGGGCUCCGUACCCUUGCCUGUUAUACAAAAUCCCACUAGAUAUCACACUUAGUGUUAAAUAUACGGGAAAAAAUAUACCAAAUUUUUCCUCUAAGAAUCUUUCAAAAUAAAUUAAUAGAUUCUUAGAGAGAAGUGGAAGACUGGUAAACAUUUUUUAACAUUUACUGUAUAUUCCUGCAUGUUUUUCUUUUCUUUUUUUUUUAUUUUCUCUCUCCUUUCAGGAGUGUUUCUUCAUGUGUUGGCAGACACUCUAGGAAGUAUAGGUGUAAUAAUAUCAGCAGGGCUUAUAUACCAGUUUGGUAAGUUAUUUUGCUGUUAUAUAUUGUAGUACGAAUUUGCUAUGGUUAAGUAAUAAUUUCCACUCCUAGUACUGCUUGCAAUAACUUUUGUCUAAGAUAUAAUCAGUAACCUUGUGAAAGACUGUCUUUGAUGCUCGAGAAUCCCACACAGUUUCUGAGUCGGGGUUCCAGCAGCUGGCAAAUUGCCUGACGGCUGGUUGUAUAUGUUUACAUGUGUGUUGUGGUCUCAUUUGUUCAUGUGUCCUCCAAGCUUAUCCAGCCAGACUCAUUUGUCAAAUACUUGCAGUGAGAGACUGGCAGCACAAUGGGGCAAUACCCAAUAAGCAAUGUAUUGGUUCUUUAAUGUCCUGUUUGCAAGGAAUGUUAGACAACAGCUACAGUUUUUUGUCCUAUAUUCUAUCUAGAAGACUAGUAAGUCUAACCAUUUGCUGGUGUCAUUACAAAGGCAGCGCUUUCUCCUUAGUUACAAUGUAUUUAGUGACCCCUAAGUGUUUGUUGCCAGAGUUUAAAUCUACAGCCACCCACUUGACAGUCUUAGAUGUUGUCUACUGCAUGAGACUGCAUGUACUGUAGAAUGGCAUUGUUUAUCAAGCAAUAAUGUCUAUAAUCCAUGUAUUACAUGUCAGUGGUUCAGUGGAAUGCUUGAGUCUGACCGACCAUUUGCAUUUUUCACAUCCAGUUGAAUGGGUCAAAUAUUUAUGGCUAUAUUUAACAGUGGCAACACUAUGUAAUUUGCAGGCUGGAUGUUAGCUGAUCCAAUCUGUUCAAUGUUUAUUUCUGUUCUCAUUGCAUUCAGGUGAGUAGCAUUAAGAUGUUGAUUUCACUGUUGACAACUAUAUAUUGGGGAAUUCCAGGGCUGUCAUUAAGAGGCAGGGCGGGGGAUUUCCCCUGCUACUAUGAAUGUGCCCAAGGCUACUUUCAAAGGAAAAUAUAAGAAAAGUAGAACCAAAAGAAAUCUGUAGCUUUUUGAUUCCCCGCCUACUUGUUGUGUUUACCAGACAACUUGAAAUCUUGGUGACACCCCUGGAAAUUCUCGGAUGUUUUGUUUUGCAACACGGCUAUGGAUUAGUCCUAUUUCAUUAAAAAAUAGUGAUGGUGCGUUUUAUUUUGCAGUGUAAUCCCACUUUUGAGAGAAUCAGUCGGAAUAUUAAUGCAGAGAAUUCCCACAGGUUUGGAGAAGAAUAUACAUAUCGCUUACCAAAGGGUCAGUAUAAACUAUAUAUGCCAUGUUGUAGAUUAGUUUCCGAAGGUCGUAUUGACUUCCUACUUAACAUGGCAUCAUCGUCAAUAAUUGCNGAACCCCCUCCUUCUUGAAAUAUCCGAGAAACUGUUUUCUUGUGACAAGUAAAUUUAUGUAAAUUAUGUAUUGUACUUGCAUUUUGAUUGACAGGUCAUGGACACUCGCACAGCCAUGGUCAUGGUCACAGCCAUGGACAUGGACAUGGACACUCACACAGUCAUUCACAUGGACACUCGCACAUGAAUGGUGGACACAAUCACAUGCACGACUCAGGUGUGUCUUACAAAGGAAUAUAACAUACGUGUACUAUUGUAUACAUCCACUCUUCCGAAAUUAUCUGGGAGUCAUCUGGAUACUGCACAAACCUCCCAGUCUCUAGUACAGAUCACCAAAUCUCCUGGAUAAAAUUUAAUUUUGAUCUUUUUCUAAGCUUUAGUUUGGAAUUAGGCCCAUGUUCCCCCAAAAUUAAGAAUACAAUGGACUAUAGUUUAUGGGGCAUAAAUGAUGUGAUUUUUUAUUUAUUUAUUUAUUUUUACAUAGGCCAAUGGAGCUUGCAUUUAACUAAUCUUUUAUGUACUCAAUAGAGUGUAAAGAUGAAAAAGUAGAAGUUUCCACAAGUAAAAUUAUGGAAGGUGAGUCAAUAUGGUUUGAUACAGUUGUAUGGUACUAUUUUGGUCCAAAAAUAAUUCGUUUAUGAAUCUAAAAUCAUUUUGUGAACUUCAGAUGAAUUAUGUCAAGGUGAGUGUGAUCCUUGCAGAAAUUAUUAAUUUUAUUUUAUUGCUAAUUGAAGUAGGUGGUCAACAAUGAACUCUGGGUCUCAAAGCUCAUGGGGAACGUAUUAGGUUUUUCUCAGGGAUCCUAUGACAGUACUUUGUUUAAAAACAGGAUGUAUGAUUGGUGUACAGUUGAUGAAAUGUCUUGUAGCCAACAGUUAUCAGCGCCGUAAAAAUGACUUAUUGACUAGAUCAAGCAAAACUAACUACAAGAGAACAACUGUAGAACUGACAAUUUGACUAACAAUAGAGGACUGUUUAACUGUGACAAUAGACGGAUCGAAACGCACCAAUCGCUGAUUACGAGUCUUCAUAGCCAAUAACAUCACGGCUUAACUGACAGACGACCAAUAACAUCGCGACGUAAUUGACCAAUCAGAUCAAUAACCAGAGUAUAAUACCAUCAACUGACGUGAUACAACUCACUUUGACUCUAAAGAUGACUACCGCACAGGUUGUCGAAACGUCAGUCACUGUCAACAACAACAGUCCUAUUCAGGACUACGUUCACCCGGACGAUCAAACUCAACCUUUUGAAAUGACUCCUGGGUUCAAACCUUUCACAGAAAUGUCUCUUGCAGUAACAUCGAUCGGAUCUGCAUGAACUGUAAUAGCCUUUAGGUUAAGGCUGUGUUAUCACCAGUCAGACAAAACUUACAACCAAUUUUUUUCAAGCCAUUCCGCUCAUUCAAUGUUACAAUGCAGUUCUUCGAGUUUUUUCCAAAGUAAUCACCCAUUCAUAAGAACCAUUUGAAAUGGUACGGCUGUAAGAUUUGCUACCCUUUCAUCAGCCAUUCACUAGGGCUCCGUACCCUCAGCUGUUUGCCUGUUAUACAAAAUCCCACUAGAUGUCACACUUGGUGUUAAAUAUAAGGGAAAACUGUGAAUGUAAUACAAAAUGUUUCCUCUAAGAAUCUUUCAAAAUGAAUUAAUAGAUUCUUAGAGAGAGGUGGAAGACUGGUAAACCUCUUUUUAACAUUUACUGUAUAUUCCUGCAUGUUUUUCAUUUCUUUUUUUUUUAUUUUCUCUCUCCUUUCAGGAGUGUUUCUUCAUGUAUUGGCAGACACUCUAGGAAGUAUAGGUGUAAUAAUAUCAGCAGGGCUUAUAUACCAGUUUGGUGAGUUAUUUUGCCAGUAAAUAUUGUAGUAAGAACUUGCUAUGGAUAAGUAAUAAUUUCCACUCCUAGUACUGCUUGCAAUAACUUUUGUCUGAGAUAUAAUCAGUAACUGUCUGUCUUUGAUGCUCGAGAAUCCCACACUGUGUUUCUGAGUAGGGGUUCCAGCAGCUGGCAAAUUGCCUGACGACCAGUUUGGUAAGCUAUUUUGCUGGCAUAUAUUGUAGUAAGAAUUUGCUAUGGUUAAGAAAUAAUUUCCACUCCUAGUACUGCUUGCAAUAACUUUUGUCUAAGACAUAAUCAGUAACCUUGUGAAAGACUUCUUGGAUGCUCGACAGUCCCACACUGUGUUUGAGUCGGGAUUCCAGCAGCUGGCAAAUUGCCUGACUGCUGGUUGUAUAUGUUUACAUGUUUGUUGUGGUCUCAUUUGUUCAUGUGUCCUCCAAGCUUAUCCAGCCAGACUCAUUUGUCAAAUACUUGCAGUGAGAGACUGGCGCGCAAUGGGCCAAUACCCAAUAAGCAAUGUAUUGGUUCUUUAAUGUCCUGUUUGCAAGGAAUGUUAGACAACAGCUACAGUUUUUUGUCCUAUAUUCUAGAACACUAGUAAGUCUAACCAUUUGCUGGUGUCAUUACAAAGGCAGCACUUUCUCCUUAGUUACAAUGUUUUUAGUGACCCUGAGUAUUUGUUGUCAGGGUUUAAAACUGCAGUCACCCACUUGACAGACUUAGAUGCUGUCUACUGCAUGAGACUGCAUGUACUGUAGAAUGGCAUUGUUUAUCAAGCAAUAAUGUCUAUAAUCCAUGAAUUACAUGUCAGUGGUUCAGUAGAAUGCUUGAGUCUGACCAACCAUUUGCGUCUUUCACAUCCAGUUGAGUGUGUCAAAUAUUUAUGGCUAUAUUUAACAGUGGCAACACUAUGUAAUUUGCAGGCUGGAUGUUAGCUGAUCCAAUCUGUUCAAUGUUUAUUUCUGUUCUCAUUGCAUUCAGGUGAGUAGCAUUAAGAUGCUGAUUUUACUGUUGACAACUAUAUAUUGGGGAAUUCCAGGGCUGUCAUUAAGAGGCAGGGCGGGGGAUUUCCCCUGCUACUAUGAAUGUGCCCAAGGCUACUUUCAAAGGAAAAUAUAAGAAAAGUAGAACCAAAAGAAAUCUGUAGCUUUUUGAUUCCCCGCCUACUUGUUGUGUUUACCAGACAACUUGAAAUCUUGGUGACACCCCUGGAAAUUCUCGGAUGUUUUGUUUUGCAACACGGCUAUGGAUUAGUCCUAUUUCAUUAAAAAAUAGUGAUGGUGCGUUUUAUUUUGCAGUGUAAUCCCACUUUUGAGAGAAUCAGUCGGAAUAUUAAUGCAGAGAAUUCCCACAGGUUUGGAGAAGAAUAUACAUAUCGCUUACCAAAGGGUCAGUAUAAACUAUAUAUGCCAUGUUGUAGAUUAGUUUCCGAAGGUCGUAUUGACUUCCUACUUAACAUGGCAUCAUCGUCAAUAAUUGCCAUCAAUAUCAUCAUCGUCAUCAUCAUCAUCAUCAUCGUCCAUCAUCGUUGUCGUCGUCCGAAAUCAUUAAUCAGAUUCGAAAAAUCGCUCAAUGAGAGGUUUCUCACUUAAGGAGGGGAAGAGAAAAAAACGCCCUCUACUUGAGUACAGAAGUACAUGUGAGGGACACUAUUGUACGUCUCCUACUGGUGGCGGGACAGUCAUUUUCAGUGUUCACCCGAGCUACGCGAAGGACUAGCCUUCUGCAGGGUGAAGGCAGUGCUUUGAUGUGUUACUUUUAAACCACUGUUCAAGAGGGAGCACCCUCGGAUAGUCAGGUUUUCUUCCCUUUACAACGCGUAUUUUGAUAAGCUUUGCUAUUUACACGAUUGUUUGGUUUGCACAGUUUCUUCAAAAUGUUUUGUAACACUUUAAUCUCUGGGCUGUUUCAAGACCUGCCAACAUUUCUCCGGCCCAAAAAAUCGAACCCGCCACCUCCUACCGACAGCCGCUCUGCAGUCAAGCGCUCCACUGACUGAGCUAGUCCUUCCGCGGGCGAUUAGACUACUAUAAGAUUUAAAUUAGACUACAAGUAAGAGUUUACAAACCACAUUCGUGUGCGUGGUGUAAUUGCUUAUCACACCAAUCUUAUCCCUAACGUUUUUUGACAGCGUGCUAGUCAACAUCAAAAGAGCUCGAGUUUGAGGCUCGAAAUUCCAAGCUUGUAGUUGUACUCCAUGACGUGUCUUUCGUACUCGUUUUGAAAUCCCAAGGUUGCUUAUGGUUCAUUAGGUAGCUUAACCCUUUAAACCCUAAUAUCAAAAUUCAAAUUCUCAUUUGUUAUCCCUAUACGUUUUCAAUAGAAGUAGUGGGGAGAAUUUGUUGAAGUAUCAAAUAGAUUCACCUUGUUUGAUCACGUCCUCGAUUCUCAUGACCUCUGUGUCUUAUAAAGCACUGAUAUUACAAAGAGAAAUUUGAUGCUGAUCACUCUUAGGGCUUAAAGGGUUAAGCAAAGGCGUUUCUGAUCGACGCACGUCAACCGAAAAUGAGGCUUUUUAAUCUUAACCCUUUAAACCCUGAGAUCAAAAUUUGAAUUCUCAUUUGUUGCCCUAUUCAUUUCCUACAGAAGUAGUGGGGACAAGUUGAUAAAAUAUCAAGCAAAUUUAUCUUGUGUGAUCUUGUCCGUAAUUCUCAUGACUACUCUGUUUUACUAAGCAUUGAUAUUACAAGGAGAAAUUUGAUGCUGAUCACUCUUAGGGCUUAAAGGGUUAAAAGACCUUGACGCUACCAAAUUUUUAUUUCUAAGUGUCUUUACUCUUAAAGAGACGAUUUACCCGGAAAUUUGGGCAAAACCACUUCCCGAGAAUGCAGAAAGUCUUCCAAUUGACGUGCCUCGCUCAAAAACUUCUUUGCUGAAGCUCAUUAAUACCAGAAAGUAGCAACUCCACUUGCCUGUUUUACGCGAAUGUCCGUCUCUUUGAGGUCUCCGUUGAGAACGUUGAAUAAAGCUAUUUCGAGAAAGGUUGUCGGAAAAAUCUCGAAAGGUAAUAUGGGAUAUGCUCAAUACACUGUUCCUGACGCUGUAGCUGUCGAACCUGCUUUUGUUGCUUUCCUUUAGCAUUGGCAAACAUACAUCCAUGGCCUCUCUUGCCAUUCUUUCAAAUUUCUUUGAGGAACAAAAUAACUCAAAAUCACCCAUAAUCCCUUCGGGACUGUCGCGUGCACUUUUUCCAACAACCUUUCUCAAAAUAGCUGUAUAUUCCAAGGAUAUGUAGCAUUAUAGGCAAGACCAAAGGCUUUUAUGAUUGAAAGUUUCGGAAGGUAAGACGACUGAUCUUUGUUGGUACUUUUCAUCUCAUAGGUGAAUCAAAUGGAUGAUGUGUUUAGUAUCCAGGAUCCUCAUUUCUGGGCUCUAAGCAGGUGCAGUAUUUUCCAUUCACAGUGUCCUGUUCAAGUGUCCGGGGAUUUUUGAAAACGGAGAUGUUUUUCCCCCCGUCCACACUUAGCGUAUUCGAAACGUUUCCGCCCGUCCACACGAAAAUGCUAAAACAAUGGGAAUACAAUAGCAGGACAGGCGCUGUAUGGCGUAUGGCAUCAUCGUAUUCGAAAACCUCCGUUUUCGUCCGUCCACACGAAGAGAUCAAGGUGGCUUUCUGAGGAGACUUCCAUUAUCCAUUAUCUUGUCCCUUGGCUCCUCAGUCUCAGUUUUUAAGAGGGCUGCUAAUCUUUUUCUGUUAUUCGUAAUUCAUGAAAACAUUUUUGCUUUCCUAUUCAUAUAUUCAGCACUGUCUGGAUUGGAACAUUGCGACUGCUUGUGGCUCCCACCGCAGACACACACAAAAUUCUUAGCCAGACACAUCACAUCUUCAUGGAGGUAUGACUUAGCUCGUAUUAUUUUCGCCUCUUUUUUCAUUAGUUUACUUUAAAGUCGUUGGACAGGUUAAAGUUGAAGGAAAGAACUAAUAAUAAAUUGAACUUUUUGUUACCCCAUGCUACAAAUAAUCGGUCUCGAAAAUACUUUUCAGUGGCUGUUCACUGUAGUAAGUGAUGCCCGCGUUAUGAAGACUUCAGUACCAAUUAAAUCAUUAAAAGGGCAAAUAGUCAUUAAAUAGUAAAUCCCUUUUAUCUCUAAGUUAGCCACACCGAAGGCGCGUAAAACACUCUUCAGUGUUUUCAGAAAUCAAAAUCUUCCAUCAGCAUUACCUUCUUGCCAGAAAACCCGUGAUGAUUUAUUGCGAGCCAAAACUUUUAAAACAUCCAAAGCCCUUUAUGAGGAUUCUUCCAACCAUAGACAUAAUAAAGAAAACCCAUUAAUUCGUAAAAUUACUCAGCUCUUUUCCCUUUUUGCAGCUUGGGGUAAAACAGCUCUAUGUUCAGAUCGAACAUUCUUAUUGA